AUGUUAUGGCUUUUUGGUUUCAUUCCUUUGGCUAUUGCCACAAUUUCUAUAGACCUUCAAUCUCCUUUCAAUACCUAUCAUGAAUUCUUGGAACACUAUAGAAACUCAAAAGCUCAGAAGAAAUGGUCUCUAACUUCUUCGACUGCAAUAACAAACUUUGAAAAUGUAAAAUUAAUUUAGUUUCAAUAUUAUGGAAGCAUCACCCUUGGCACUCCUCCACAGUCUUUCUCUUGUCUUUUUGAUACAGGCAGCACAACUGUUUGGGUGGUACAAAAUGGCUGCUCAAGCUGCCACAAAUGCAAUAAUACAUUCAACCCAAAGAAUUCGAAUACGUACUUAAAUUUAACCAAGCCUGUGCAGUUGACUUACUUGAAAGGAGAAACUGAUGGAUUUAUGGCUGAAGACACUAUUACUAUUGGAGAUACUGGAUCAGUUUCUGCAAAAAGCUUUGCAUUUCUUUUGGCUGACCAUGAAGAAGACAACGAUGGAUUCCAAGCAGAUGGAUUGGUAGGAUUUGGACUAGAUGGCCUAGGAGAAGGCUAUUCAAGCUUGAUUACUGCUCUUAAAAAAGCAGGUCAAAUCCAAAACCGCCAAUUUGCCUUUUUCCUCGACUGGAAGAGCAAAUCACUAUCAUCUAACCUCAUGAUUGACGGAAGCAGCUUAUCUACCUACGCCCUCCCCAACCAAACUUCUUUCACAUAUGUCGACCUAAUCACAAAUACCAAGAAAAACCCUGGCUACUGGGAAAUAGACUGUGACCGUAUGAAAAUGGGAGAUGAAGUCCUUGAUUCUGGCAAUGAGGCUAUUAUUGAUACUGGGACGAGCUUUAUUUAUGGCCCUAAGAAAUCAGUCGAAAAGAUCUGGAAAGAAUUUAUAAAUAACCAUAAAUGUAAGUAUUCAGAGUCAGAUGGAUUAGUCGUAUGCCCUGAAGGCACUAAUGGUCCAAUAUUGAAUUGGGUAUUUGAUGGGACUUCAUAUGCUCUCGAUAUAGGGCAAUAUCUGUUUUAUGAUGCUAUUGAUGAUAUCUAUAUUCUACCAAUUUCACCAUUGAGUCAAAAUCAGUGGCUUUUGGGAGACAGUUUUAUUAGGAACUUUUAUAUAAGUUUCGAUAUGGAUGAAGAAAGGAUUGGUUUUGCAAGAUCAAUUUCGAGCUCAUUUGUGUGGGCUGACCCAAGUGCAGCAAACAAUUUGAUAUUUGCAGCGAUUAGUUGCGUAAUAGGCUUACUCUUUAAUUUUUAA